AAGAUGGUGACCAUUGACACGGACGAAACACAAAUCAUCUGAACGCAUUACCCGACCUCCUGCAUGCUGCCUAUCCCCAAGGUAAUGAAAUAAUGCACAUUGACCUACUGCAGGAAGGCUGAGCCUUCUUGCAUACAGACGGGCGCGGCGCAGGGCCUGCAGGGCUUCAUAUUGGCUCUACCUACCUUUAUCGGUUUCCCUCCAAACUCUGAUACUGUCCGCUCUUCUCUGAAUAUACGUGACAGUUCCCAGUGAUUGAGGAUGUCGGGCGCGUUUGAGGUCGCAGCUGGCGCUUUUGCGGUUGUGGGGGUGGCUGAUGUGAUCUUGCGGACUGGCAGAGAGAUCUAUAAUUUUCUGCACGACGUAGCAGACGCACCAAACGAACUGAAAGCGCUGAACGAGUCACUCCAGGAAACCGAGACUCUGGUCAUCGCUUGCCAAAAAUGCUGGGUCCAAAACCGGACUCAUGUAUCAACUACCGCCAGCAUAAGGACGCCGCUAGAAUCAGGGUUGAAAGCCCUCGACCGGGAGUUACAAAAUCUCAAAAGGCAUAUUGUGAAAUUAAAGGGCAGCAAAAAGUCAUGGCAAAGAUUGCAAUACGUUCUGAACGACCACAGGAUCGGAAAAGCUCUCAACAGCCUCGAGUGGUCCAAGAUGCUACUUGCCAACGCUCUUAUGAUUGCGUAUGGGGAAUUGUCUAGUGCUAAUAGUCAGGCCCUCGAAGCCCUGAUCAGACAAUACUCGCAACAACUGGGUCUGAAGGCAGAUAACUUGCCAAAAGUCAUGGAGACUUUACUGCACACUCACCAACAAAGCGUCUCAUCCACACUCAAUCACCACCAUAGAAAAUUUGAACACAAUCAAGGCGUCGGCCAACGAACACUGGAAACAAAGCUCGGUACAAUUUCUUCACAGCACAAAAGGUCAGCACGUAUCUCAACGAAGACAUAUCAGCAUAUUGUUAAAUUGUCGGUUAAAGUGGACGCUGCCAGCAAAGUUUUACACGGUAAUCACGAGGAUACCAGAAACCUGAUCAGCGGGCUUGUCGCCAGAAUCGAUCGGCUGGAAAUCUCUAUAAAUGAUACUGCCCCGUCUUCGGAGCAAACCUGUUCAGCUGGGGCCCACGUCCAAACAUGGCAACACCACAUACCGGACUUUAUAUCUAAACCACAACCAUGCUUCUUUCCGAGCAUAAUCCAAAACCCCUUAUGGCAUCACAUCGGGACGCUAGCUCACGAUUCAGGCUGGCUCAGUCGUCACUCUCAACACGUGCAACGCCCUCAUACGCGACAGAACGAACAUUCCGUGUCCUUUCUGAGCUGCGCCUCUACGAGCACAGAGAGUAAAGGCAAGAGAAAAUCAGACUCCCUUCUCGACGAAUGUACUCUUCAUGGAUUGCAAAUUAUGUACGAAAGCCUCCCACCUUUUUCCAAACGCUUGAGACACGGGAGUCAAUAUCUGUCAUUCCACAUGCCCAUUGGCACACUACAACUAUAUGUCCUCCAAGACAAAGAUAGUCGAAACGAAAAGCUGCCUCUGGAGGAAACAAGCUUUCUGGUCGUUCGCAUCGCCUGCCAUUCCGACUAUGAUCUCGACCCUCACUUCUCCCACAUGCGGGCCACCUGCACACGACCAAUCAUGCGCGCACAGAUACGGGACUUCAUAGCAAUACCCUGUUCGCAACGCGACUUGUACACUUCGUUAAUCAGAGACGAGAGUGUUUCAGAGAUGAAUGUCGCGAUCCAAGAAGCUAGACUUUCUUUAUAUCGCGUCUCGCUCUUUGGGAACGAUGCAAUCUUCCAAGUACGUCUUAUUCCCCUCGUUGAUUCCAGCAUGAUCAAGCUCUGACAAAAUGUCAAACUGUGAUUAGAAGGUGAACUCCCGUCACGAUGAUGGCGAGGGCUCAGUCGAAAAAAAGACAGCCUGAAUCAUUGAGGGAUCGCCCGUAUUGCGUCCAGGAUCCGGAGGUGAAGAACUGCCACUUGUUGGACUAACUUCUGGAUCGGCCACGACAAAACUGUAUACUCUACUACAGUAUCAAAGUACUUAUGGAGAUGUCUUCUUGGUACGAUAAAGGUGAUCUAGAGAUAGGAAUAGUUCGUCUUUAGCAGAUGAAAUAUAGAAGGUAGACUGAAUGGACGGGUGAAGGCUUAAGUUCCAAGUCUCACCGCGGGUGACCAAGACUUAUUGCCAUGACGUGCAGUGAUGCCUUCCUGGAGUGAAACUUAGUUGACGACGAUCAAGGGUGUUGAGUGAG